GCGGAAAGGAUGCCGACAGUCACUCUGCCACCCAAAGAAAACGCUCUCUUUAAGAGGAUCCUGAGAUGUUAUGAACACAAGCAGUACAGAAAUGGGCUGAAAUUCUGCAAACAGAUUCUCUCCAAUACCAAAUUCUCAGAGCAUGGAGUAAAACGAGACCUGUCAACAUAACCUGAAAGGCUGCUCAGCAAGGAAGAAGCCACUGCUUCAAAACCACCAUAAAAAGCCAAACUACAGUUUGCAUGGGGACAAAGAUCUUACUUUUUGGAGAAAUGUCCUCUGGUCUGAUGAAAUAAAAGUUUAACUGUUUGGCCAUAAUGACCAUUGUUAUGUUUGGAGGACAAAGGGUGAGGCUUGCAAGCCGAAGAACACCAUUCCAUCCGGGAAGCAUGGGGUUGGCAGCAUCAUGUUGUGGGGGUGCUUUGUUGCAGGAGGGACUGGUGCACUUCACAAAAUAGAUGGCAUCAUGAGGAAGGAAAAUUAUGUGGAAAUAUUGAAGCAACAUCUCAAGACAUCAGCCAGAAAGUUAAAGCUUGGUCGCAAAUGGGUCUUCCAAAUGGACACUGACCUCAAGCAUACCUCCAAAGUUGUGGCAAAAUGGCUUAAGGACAACAGAGUCAAGGUAUUGGAGUGGCUAUCACAAAGCCCUGACCUCAGUCCGAUAGAAAAUUUGUGGGUAGAACUGAAAAAGCGUGUGUGAGCAAGGAGGCCUACAAACCUGACUCAGUUACACCAGUUCUUUCUGGAGGAAUGGGCCAAAAUUCCAGUAACUUACUGUGAGAAGCUUGUGGAAGGCUACCCAAAACGUUUGACCCAAGUUAAACAAUUUAAAGGCAAUGCUACCAAAUACUAACAAAGUGUAUAUAAACUUCUGACCCACUGGGAAUGUGAUGAAAGAAAUACAAGCUGAAAUAAAUAAUUCUCUCUACUAUUAUUCUGAUAUUUCACAUUCUUAAAAUAAAUUAGUGAUCCUAACUGACCUAAGACAGGGAAUGUUUUCUAAGAUUAAAUGUCAGUAAUUGUGAAAAAUGCACUAAGGAAGCUCUGCUUUCCAACAAAAACAUUACUGCAUGCCUGAAGUUUGCCAAAGACCACCUUGACACUCCACAACGCUACUACAAAAUUGUUUUGUGGACUGUUGAAACUAAGGUUGAAUUGUUUGGGAAGAACACACAGUAAUAUGUAUGGCGUAAAAAGGUCACCACAUACCAACAUGAAAACAUCAUCCCAAUGGUGAAGUACGGUGGAGGGAGCCUCAUGAUUUGGGUCUGCUUUGCUGCCUCUGGGCCUGGAAUGCUUGCCUUCAUCGAGGGGAAAAAUGAAUUCCCAAGUUUGUCAAGAUAUCCUUUAGGAUAAUGUCAGGGUGGCUGUGCACCAGCUGAAGCUCAGUACAAGUUGGGUGAUGCAGCAGGAAAAUGACUUAAAACGUUUAAGGAAAUCCACAACAGAAUGGCUUCAAAAAAAGAAAAUCCAUCUUUUAGAAUGGCCCAAUCAGAGCCCAGACCUUAACACAAUAGAGAUGCUGUGGAAUGACCUCAAGAGAGCCAUUCACACCAGACAUCCUAAGAAUAUGGCUGAGCUGAAACAGUUCUGUAAGGAAGAAUGGUCAAAAAUUCCUUCUGAACUUUGUGCAGGCCUAAUCCGCAGCUACUGGAAAUGCUUGGUUGAGGUUAUUGCUGCCAAAUGAGGAUUGACCAGUUAUUAAAUCCAAGGGUUCACUUACUUUUUCCACAGCACUGUGAAUUUUUAAUGGGAUAUGUUCAAUAAAGACAUGAAAGAUAAUUGUUUUUGUGUUGUUAGCUUAAGCACAUUGUGCUUUCUCUAUACUUGUGACUUUGAUGAAGAUGAGGUCACAUUUUGUGACCAAUUAAUGCAGAAAACUGCUAAUUCCACAUACUUUUUCUUGCAUCUGUAGAUAGAUACAAUAUAAUUAUACUAUGAUGCAAUACAAUGACGGUAAUCUCAAAAUGAGAUUAAUUGUCAGUCAAAUAUUUGACUAUCAUCAAUAUUUCAUGCAACCAGACUUGCCUUAUAGAAUUGCAUCUUUUCACUGCAGUUUUAGCAUAAGGGAUUACCAACUGAGCACUGGUAUUGACUGAUUGCAUUAAUUAGACUUACGAUUGCACAUUCCUGAGAGAAAGGCAAAGGGGUUUGUUUACUUGCGCCAUGAUAGUUUAUGUGGGGUUAAUUGGUGGAAGGUUAAAGGUUGUGAUCUUUGCAGAGACGCUGGCGAUGAAAGGGCUGACACUGAACUGCCUGGGAAAGAAAGAGGAAGCCUAUGAACUUGUCCGAAGAGGCCUCAGAAAUGACCUGAAGAGCCAUGUCUGUUGGCACGUGUAUGGCCUGCUCCAGAGGUCUGACAAAAGGUAUGACGAGGCUAUUAAGUGCUACAGGAAUGCACUGAAAUGGGACAAAGACAACUUGCAGAUUCUUCGAGAUCUCUCACUGCUCCAGAUCCAGAUGAGAGAUCUGGAGGGUUACAGGGAGACACGAUAUCAGCUGCUACAAUUGCGGCCAGCCCAGCGAGCAUCAUGGAUUGGUUAUGCCAUCGCGUAUCACCUCUUAGAGGACUAUGAGAUGGCAGCCAAAAUCAUUGAGGAGUUUAGAAAAACACAACAGACGUCCCCUGAUAAGGUGGAUUAUGAGUACAGUGAGCUGCUGUUGUAUCAGAAUCAGGUCCUGAGGGAAGCGGGGCUGUGGAAAGAAGCGCUAGAGCAUCUCGCCACCUACGAGAAACUGAUCUGUGAUAAACUGGCCGUGGAGGAGACCAAAGGAGAGCUGCUGUUGAGUCUGGAACGGUUUGAGGAUGCAGCAGAUGUGUACAGACGACUACAGGAGAGAAAUCCUGAGAAUUGGUCUUAUUACCAUGGCCUGGAGAAAGCCCUCAAACCUGUGAGCACAGAAGAGAAACUGAAGAUCUAUGAGGAGGCCUGGGAGAAAUACCCUAAAGGCCUUGUACCUCGCAGACUACCACUCAGCUUCCUGUCUGGAGAUAAGUUUCGGGAAUGUCUUGAUAGAUAUUUAAGAAUGAACUUUAGUAAGGGCUGUCCACCGGUCUUUACCACACUAAGAUCUCUCUAUCAGGACAAAGAGAAGAUGUCAAUAAUUGAAGAAUUAGUUGUUGGGUUUGAAACAUCUUUACGUAGCUGCCAAAUGUUCAGUCCAGAUGAUGAUGGCAAAGAGGAGCCGCCCACUACAUUACUGUGGGUGCAGUAUUUUCUGGCUCAGCACUAUGAUCAGAUUGGCCAGCACACCAUGGCUCUCGAAUACAUAAAUGCUGGCAUUGAGAGCACACCUACACUCAUUGAGCUCUUCCUUGUUAAAGCCAAGAUAUACAAGCAUGCUGGGAAUAUUCGGGAAGCAGCUCGCUGGAUGGAUGAAGCUCAGGCUCUGGAUACAGCCGACCGUUUCAUAAACUCUAAAUGUGCCAAGUACCUGCUUAAAGCAGGCUUGAUCAAAGAGGCUGAAGAAAUGUGUGCCAAGUUCACAAGGGAAAGAGCAUCUGCAGUAGAGAAUCUAAAUGAGAUGCAGUGUAUGUGGUUCCAGACUGAAUGUGCUCUGGCCUAUAAAUCCAUGAAAAAAUGUGGAGAAGCACUAAAAAAAUGCCAUGAGAUUGAGAGGCACUUUGUAGAGAUAACAGAUGACCAGUUUGACUUCCAUACGUACUGCAUGCGGAAGAUGACGUUGCGCUCUUACGUGGACCUACUAAAACUAGAGGACGUGUUACGAAUGCACCCGUUCUACUUCAAAGCCUCAUACACCGCCAUCCAAAUCUACCUCAACCUGCACGAUAACCCACUAACCGAUGAUAGCAAGGAACUACAGGCUGAUACUGAGAACCUGACUGACAAAGAGCUGAAAAAGUUAAGGAAUAAGCAGCGGCGAGCUCAGAAGAAAGCACAGCUGGAAGAAGAAAAAAAGAAUGCAGAGAAAGAGAAACAGUUAAAGAACCAGAAGAAGAAAAAAGAGGAUGAUGAUGAGGAGAUUGGAGGACCUAAAGAGGAACUCAUACCAGAGAAACUGGCCAGGGUGGAGAACCCAUUAGAUGAAGCUGUAAAGUUUCUGACACCCUUAAAAAACCUGGUGAAGAAUAAAAUAGACACACACCUUCUGGCCUUUGAGAUCUAUUUUAGGAAAGAAAAGUUCUUAUUAAUGUUGCAAUCUGUUAAGAGGGCCUAUGCCAUAGACCCAGACCAUCCCUGGCUUCACCAGUGUCUAGUGCGCUUCUUUAAAGAAGUGUCUGAAAGCAAAGACCUAGUAGAAUCAGUGAGCAUGGUGCUGAGACAGGAAAUCUCUAGGCUGUUUGGAGACAGUAAUGCCAAGACCUUCAACCAGACCUUCCUCACUAAGCACUCCAGUUCCAUCCCACACAGAGUAGCAGCUGCCAAAAUGAUGUUCUACUUAGACCCUUCAACACAGAAGAAAGCAGUAGAACUGGCUACAGCACUUGAUGAAUCACUGAACAACAGAAGUGUUCAGAUCUGCACAGAGGCUUUAGAAAGCCUCCAUGACGGUAGCUUUGGAGAUGCCAAGGAGACUGCAGAGUUAUACCGGGUGCAGUGUCAUAAGAUCUACCCCUAUACGCUGACCUUCAUGCCCCCAGGAUAUGAGGAAAACAUGAAGAUUGCGGUCAAUGGUGAUGUCUCCACAGAAACUGAGGAGCUGGCCAAUGACAUAUGAACAUCUGAAGGGGGUUGAUGGACUGAGAGAGGUGGAAUGGGGAAGCGGUGCAGCACCGCCAUUGUCGAUCACCCGAGACGGUUGCCAUUGACUAUUGCAAUUCUGUGAGGAACUUCCUGUGAUCUUCUACACCCCCUGAGAUUGCAGAUUGGACAGAGACAAUGACUGUUUGGAGUGGAGGAUGAAGAGGAGGGGGGUGGGGUGGGGGAGACAAGAACAAAAUGCCCAUUUUACUUUUUUAACCUUGCUGAUGACUACUCUAACUGAAAACUAGUCAAAAAUGCAUCCCAUCUUGAACUACAGUAUGUCUGAAUGCAAUGGUGAGAUCAAAUCCCAUAGUCAACAAACCAAGCAAGACAAAUGCACUCAAACUAAUUUUUCCUCUGUUUUAAAAGAGUAAUUU